AUGAAGUUCCUGCUCCUCAAGUAUCGAGCCAAGAAGCUGACCUCCCAGGCAGAAAUGCUGAAGAAGGUCAUCAGGGAUAACCAGGAGCACUUCCCGGUGGUUUUCAGCCAAGCCUCAGAGUGCCUGCAGCUGGUCUUUGGCAUGGAGGUGAAGGAGGGCCCAAAGCCAGAAAUGGUCAACAAGAAAGAGAACAACGCCGUCCUCGUGCUGUCCUUCCCCAGGAAGCUCUGGAGGAUCGUGGACGAUGCAGCCUUCACCUCUGUGCGCUGGAAUGAUGAGGGAGACAUGGUGGUCAUUGAGGCAGAUCUCUUCCAGACAGAGGUCCUCCAGCGCAGAGCCAUCAUGCUUGUGGUCGAGAUGAGUGACCCGAGUAAACCAAGCAAGGCCAAGGAAGACCUUCAGGACCCAGGCGAGGCCCAGGGCCCUGGGGAGGGCAGCCGCUCUGCCUGCUGUGAGCUCCUGUGGGGUCCGCAAGCCUAG